GAAGUGAACUUGCUGCACAAAAUGGCUUUGCAUGCACAGGACCUCAGCAAUGUUUCCUUUGGCUACAGUGAAGCCAACUGCAGUGUCUUGGAGGUUGGGCAGUACUCUACCCUCAACAUGCCUACGAGGGAGGCCUUUGGGGACAGGUUUGCAGACGAGCUGAGUGUGCUGAUGAAGCUCAGGUACUCGCUGAAGGAGGACACCAGCCUGGUGACCAUCCUUAGCCAUCGGAGCCAUGUGCUCUUCCAGAUAAGGAUUAACCCACAUGCCUUGAUCUUUGUCACCACAAGGAGGAGACACUAUGAGUUCCCAGUUUCCCUUCUUGGUGAUGGAGCCUGGCACCAAGUUGCUCUUGGCAUCUCCUUGGAGAGACUGGAGUUACACGUGGACUGUCGGCUGGUGGAGAGAGUGAGCUGGUCCAAUUAUUUCGGGAUGAGGGUCACCACCCAGGGGCUAAUCAUCAUUGGAGGCCUAAUUGAAUCCUUUGAGAUUCCUUUUGAGGGUGCUCUGCAGCAGCUGACCUUCGUGAUGGGAGACUCCACAGCCGCUGGCGAGCACUGCCGCAGCUACAACACAAUGUGCACCGGCUCCCUCCGCCCCGAGACCUUCCUCAACCCUUCACAUUCCCCAUGGGAGCAUGCACCAGCUUGGCCAGAGGUGCCAAAAGAAACCAAUGAAAUCCGGGACCCGUCGGCUCAGUCGCGGAUCAGCAAGCUCGUGCUCCCGGGGGAUGCCAAGGACUGCUCCGCUCCAUGGGCAGGUUCGUUGGCAGGCGAACGAGGAGUACUGGCCAAAGUAAACAGAGCAGCUGCCAAGAAGGAACAUCCCGCAGAUCGCCAGGAGAACGUCACAACGGAAAAGCUGAAAAGAGACGUGGGCUCUUGCACAUGGCUCUCUCCCAGGAAACCUGUUGAUGCCUUUGUUGGUCUGGACGCCCCUUCCUCCUUCUCAAAAGUCUCUCCAUCAUUCACUCGGACAGCCAGCUCUGAUGGAAAUGUACACAAGGUCCUUCCCGAGGCCCCAGGCAAGGGGGACAUCAGAAGUUCUCUGGAGCAUCCUUUAGAAGCUCCUGUAAGGCCCGAGACUGCCACAACUGCCCGGCAGACAGGGCUCGGGAAAGGUGUUGUGCACCGCAGUGUGUCUGGGAGCAAAGAAAAGAGCCUCGUGGACCACCAGGAGCAGGAGGUCCUGCCAAGGGCAGAUGGACAGCAGGUCUGCAUGAAGCUGGGACCACCAGGGCUGCCAGGACCACCAGGGCGGCCUGGUUGUCCAGGGAGACGUGGACUGAUGGGACCCAAAGGAGACAAAGGGUACCCUGGAGCCAUGGGGCAAACAGGCCUCCCGGGAGAGCCGGGCCCUCCAGGCAUCCCUGGUGUCCCUACCAUCAUGCUCUGGAGAAACUCCAGGGAGGACUGGCAGUUGUUCACGCAAUCAUCAUUUUACCAGCUUCUGCAUGCAGGCUGGCCGAGACAACCUGGACCUGCUGGGCCCCCAGGACAUCCAGGAAAGCCAGGAGUACCUGGGCCUUCCGGAUAUCCUGGGGAGCCAGGUGAAAAAGGGUCACAGGGAUAUGUGGGGGAACCUGGACUUCAGGGCAUGCCAGGACGUGCAGGUUAUCCCGGCUCGGAUGGGUUUCCUGGCCUGGACGGCAAGCCCGGGCCCUCGGGGCUCCCAGGAGAGCAGGGUCUGCAGGGAUUUAAAGGUGACCGAGGACUGGCUGGAGAGAAGGGCGAAGAGGGGUUUUUGGGUGACCCUGGACCCGCCGGGGAGAAAGGAGAGAAGGGAUCAAAGGGGGUGAAAGGAGAUAACGGUCCUCCAGGUCCUGCCGGGGGGCAGGAGGCAGGAGCACCCCAUGCUGGGGCAGCGGCAGAAGCGGCCGUGGACCACGUUCAGUUCCUGCCUCUGGCACCUCGCUCCGCACUUCUCUCCUAG